AGUGAACUCUCUUGUCUUGUCAGUGACAUUCGGAAAUUUUGAAGUUUUGCGAUUUAAAACAUGAAGUUUAUAACUUUUUUCAUUUUGAUUUUCUGUUUGAACGAACGUGUCUCGAGCGCGGGGCUCGUGGAGAGAUCUUACGAGUACAUGAUGAGCUUCGGGAAGAGCAUAGCCCCGAGUCUGAUGACCUUCAUGGAUUGCGUGGGCGAGGACGAAUUCUGGGGAUGCGCUAGGGAGCGACUCAACACACUCCUUGACGGGUGGAACGCGCAGGUCCAAGAGCAGAGAAGGAAAUGGAAAGAGGAAGCUGAUGCUGAAGUCAGAAGUUCAGGCCGCUCUCUACAGGAGAUGCCCUCACAAAUCGGCGAGGAAGUGGAAGAAUCCUUGAAUAGCCUGACUAAGUUCCUACACGGGAGUAUGGCCAGAUCCCUGGAAGGGAAGAAACAUGAAAGUGGCGGGAUCGACAGCAUCACCAUCUCAACCGGGGGCGAAAAGAAGAAAAUGAAAAAGAAAAAGCCGAAACCGCCCAAGAUCCACCUCCUCCAUCCCAUAAUGAUGAAGAAACAAGAGAAAGGUCGCGAAGCUCGAGUCCAGAGCUGGGUGAUUGGGGAGAGGAAUCUUGACACGACCGACGACUUUGAUUUGACCCAAUCAGACCCGACAUCGCCCCAAACAGACCCAGUACAGUCCCACCCAAAUCUACCUCAAAUUGAGAACUUGACUGAAACGGACUCAUUUGAAAUGGCUGAUGGUAGCUUCAGGCAAGGCAGGGGGGUGAUAGCCGACAUAUGGUCCAUGGGAGCGGACGCUAUCGACUCUGUGGCUGAGCAUGCUAUCCAGGAUGAGGACUUAGAGAAUGGAGUCACUGAUAAGAGUUCGCCGCCAGAACAGAGAGGCAAGAAGAAGAAAAAGAAGAAAGCGAUCCUCAAACUACUGAUACUCGGCGCCGUCCUCAAGGCUAAGAUCGGGACCCUGCUGCAGAUCCUGUCCUUCAAGCUCCAGGUGAAAUUCUUCAUAAUCGCCCUGAUAGGUCUGGCCAUCAACCUCGCGAGACUCUGGAUCGACAUUAAGAACAAACACAAUCAGCAGCCGCAAAAAGUGAUCUACUAUGAACACGCCCAGCACCAGCACCAUUAUGAGCACGAAGAUGAGCACGAGCACGGCUGGGGACCCUGGUCUAGAACUUACCCGGAGGAGUCCGACGUGGAAAUCGACGUGGACAACAACAACAGUCCAUAUAGAGCACAGGAGAAGAGCGCAUUUAGUUCAUUAUUUCCGAAAUUGUAAUCUAGAUCUUAGUUAAAAAAAUAUAAGGAUAAAGUGUGCUUAGGUUAUCGUCCGAUAGAUGGCGCUGCACGGUACA